CCUUCAGCAGCCCAGCCAGCUAGCUAGCUGGCAUACAUUUCUCGCCAUUAAUUCUGAUUUUUAGGCUCUUGAGUCCGAUAUACAUUCAAAGAAAACAAUUAACAACAUUUGUCCCAAUUAUGUCGCUUGGAGACGGUGAGUCUGCGAGGGGACACAGUGCUCACUUUGACGAAUCUCCAAAAAGUCCGCGGGGAAGUUCCCCAGGAAAUCCCCGGCCCGGUUAUAUUCUCGUCGACGGCGUGGAGCCACACCGCCCUAACAACAGUGCGCCUUCCUCGGCUACAUUCGAGAGGUGAAAGGCGGCUCGGGAACUGUCAAAUGGUGGAUUACUAACAUUUUACUAAAGUCACGAAAUACGUUAAAAAAAAAAAUCAAAAUGGAGCCAGCCGACGCGGACAAGAAGCGGAGCUACAGCACGCUAAACACGCUGUACCACGAGAGCCGGCAGGAAAUGGAGCUCCUGGACAAGCAGCUGGCGGUCAAGGACAACAUCAUAGCCGAGCUCAAGGCGAGGCUGGCCGGCCACGAGAGGCUGUGCGUGGCGGUGGGCGACAACCAGUCGGUGGUGGUCGGGCCGUCCAAGUCUCUGCUGGAAGGUUUGUGCAAGGAAAUCUGCAAACUGAAGCACAAGAACAACGAGACGGACUUGAAAGUGGUCAGACAAGAAGAGGAGAUCCAGAGGCUGAGCGAGCAGCUGCGUCAGAAGGAUGCGCAGCUGGAGAGCGCCAAGCGCGACUCCAAGAGCGACAGGAAAUUGGAUGUGGAUCCAGACAAGGAGCUGGAGCUUCAGCGGCUGCGCUCGGCCGAGGCCACCAGGGCCGUACUGUGCACUUCGCUGGCUGAAGAGGCCGAGCAGCUGCGGGGCCAGCUGGGUGCCACCGUCCAGGUGUGCUGCCAGUUGAUGGCCAAGCUUGAGAGGAGCAAGGGGGGCGAGGCCCAGGUGGGCGAGCAAGCCGCUAAGCAGUUGCCCGAGUCACCCGACAGACAUACAAACUCACAAAUCCGCCAACUUGAGGAGGAGAAUCAGCAGUUGAAGCAGCGUGUUGCCUACGUCCAAGGUCUGAACUCGCAGUGGCAGAAGUACGACGCGAGCAGAGAGGACUACAUCCGAGGACUGUGCCAGCGCAUCAAGAGCGUUGCGGUAACGCCGCUAGUUCCUUCGCUAGGCUCGGCCAGCGCCACCUUGCUCCGUCAAGAGAUCUCCCGACUCAAUGGGUUGCUGCAAGACAAACUGAGCGAGUGCGCCAGGCUUCGAGGAGAAGCCCAGGAAGGCCCCACGAAAGACCGUGAACGCAUCCAGAUGCUGGAACAGCAGGUUCUUAUCUACACGGAGGAUUUUAAGUCUGAGCGGGCCGACCGGGAGCGAGCACAGGGACGCAUUCAAGACCUCAAGGAGCAGAUUCGUUACUUGAAGCAGCAGCUACACAAACAGGGAGCUAGCCGAGAAACCAGGGACGUCCCCUUGUGUCACGUGCACAUUGGCCACCGAUUUUCAUCCUCGUCCUCACGGCGCCCCCACCGGGACGUUGGGGACCACCUAGCGGCCAGGACCAACACGCAGCGUCGGUCGGCCCUCUCCGUGGUGGAGCCCCCACCGGCGGUGGGGGUACCGCAGGAUACGGCCCUAACGGAGGUCCCGUCGGAUCUGCAGUGUCCGCGUUGCUUGGCCAUCUUCAGCGAGGACAACGCCGCUCAGUACCUCAACCACUGUGAGGAGUGCGCCACCUUGUGAGCACCACCUUGUAAGCACGACUAGGACCCUUUGCACACUACAUGAAAUACCUCAACCUGAACAAAAUAACUUUUACGCUGAACCUUAUCAGCGAGAGUCAUUUAAGACUUUAGCUCAGGUAACACGCUAAAGUCUUUGGCCACGGCACAGUUUGGCAUCGGCGAAUAGGCAAAUUACGAUUUUUUUUUUUGCGGGGGAACCUAUCCAUUAUUCGCUGAAAUCCCUAUUCACUGUUUUUGUGCAAUGUCUUAUAUAAAGAUAUUGUUUUGGCACAAUCUUGGUGACAAGUACAUAUCGUUAGCCAAAUAGCAUAACUUCCCAAGUCAAUUUUUUGCUUUUGGAAAACAAGAAAAAAUAUCUGAACUUCAGCAACAAGAAGAGUACAUUUGCUUUGAUCCAACCUUUGACAAUAUUCUGAGGGGGGAAAUCCAAUGAUCCAAUCGUUUUCCCCCUACUCGUCGACAUUGUUAGACAGUUGUCUAAAAUGUCACGGACCUUGCAAUCGGAAUAUUUUAUUUUCGUUCAUUGAAACGUUAAGCACAAGAGCACAUAAGAGCAUUAUGUAAAAAAGAAUUCACAAAUUAGCAAGGAGCUAAAAUAUUCUUUAGUUAUACAUGUUUUUGGACAAUGAUUUUCCAAUAUUGUUUUUUUUUUUCAGGCCCAAAACUUGUAGGAAAUGUUAAUUUUGCAAACCCUUUAUUGACCCCACUUUGUGACAUUUUAGCAACUUACAAUCGGAAUGUUUUUUUUUGUUCUUCCAGUCACUGAAACUAGACGUUUAUAUUAUUAUUUUUAUAUAAAACGCUAAGACCUUUGUGUUCAUAAAUGUUAGUAAAUUUGCAGGAUUGCACCCAAAAAUAUUUUUACCAAACCCAUUCAAUUUUUAAGAUUUUUGUCAAAAAUGUCACUGACUGUCCAAUUUGAAUAACGUCGAACAACAUUUGUCACAAUAGCUUUGCUAAAACAAUCAAUGUAAUGGUGGCCCAAGACUUUAUCAGUGUACUUUGAUGCAAACUGUAUAAGCUUCCUCCCAUUUGUUGAAUCACAACAUUUUUGGUGCUAGAAAUAUAUUCAUAAUUUAUUAUAAUACAAAAAAGCCAUAACAUAUUAUUAUACUGUUAGAUUAUUUUAAUAUAAAAUAAAUAUUACAGAAAUGUGUUUACUUAACUCAAUGUAUGCCAAGAAACUGAUUUUGGAGUAUAUGGUGUGUGUGUCCACCCCUUCCGAGCGGAUGCUCUAUUUUUAUAAUAAAAUAUUUUCAUAAAUGA